AACCAGGAUGCGUGCGAGCUCCGACGUCACACGUACAGUAACUCCGUGGACCGAGUGACGUUGAAGAAGCUCCUUUCUGCUGUCUUCGCGCCAUGCAAGUGUGUCCAGCUGGCGACAGGCGAGUGGAGCACUGCACAGACGGCGGUGGGAGAAAGAGGAGAAUCGACAGGUCCUGUGUGUGGGGGUCAUGAGAGGGCAUUGCCUAUGGACAGCACGGUCCAGUGGCUGGACAUCCGCGAAGAAGGUAUAGCGACACUUCUCAGUUACCUGGAGCUGUGCCCCGAGAGCUGGGUAGAGAAUCUCCACCCAGUGUAUGCCUCCUGUGUCCUCAAGUGCUACGGCGGGCCACGACAGCUACAGGCUCUCGCCAAGAAGUGUCCCCCGGUAGGCGUGGUCAUUGCGAGACAGAAACUGGAAGGCAAGACGUUCUCCGACUGCUCGCAGAUCGAGUUCAUGGUCGUGGACAUCUGUGACCUGAUGGGCUGGGAUUCCGGCACCGUGAAGCGGGAGCUCAAGUCACUGCAGUGGGAGUCAGGUCCUAACGGCUUUAGAAAGACAGGCGUCCUAGUUGAGUUCUCGGACCUGGCCUUCCACUUCCGAUCACGUGGUGACUUGUCGGACACAGAGAUGGACGGGGUCUUAGACUUCCUGAACGGGCGCGCCCAGAGACAGGAGAGGACUGAGCUGAGACAGCUGGACAUGCUCGCUGAAGCCUUGAACAGCGUGUCGCACAAGAACUUCUGGAUGUGUUGUGACACGGCGGACGAAGAGCGGAGCAACAAGCUCAAGAAGAAGCUGGUGGACUUCUUUGACACAGAUGGUGCUGAAGACGCAAUAGGCAGGGGAGGGGACGUGGAGGCGUCUUCCUCACAGGGGGCUCGUGGGGAGCAGCGUGAUGAAGCUAGCCUGGCGCAACUGCGGGGCGACAUAAGAAAUUUCAUCUCCAUAUAUGGUCAAGAGCACUCCCUCACAGGGCGCGCCAUUGCCCGCAUCCUUCACGGGAUCGCCUCCCCUUGCUUCCCAGCAGACGUAUGGGGGCGGGUCAGACGUUUUUGGCGGGCUCAUUUGCAUACUGAUUUCAAUAUCGUCCUGAAAGAAGCCACGAAUUUGAUUGUUGCAAUGCGAUAGCUGAACUGGGUUGUUGUAGUUUUUUGUUGUUGUUGUUGUUGUUGUUUCUUUGUUUUUGCUUGUUUUUAAAGAGGUCUUUGGGCCACGAAGGUCUUGGGAAGGAAGUCUUGUGUUUUGAGGUUGGGUUUCCUUAAAACGUUAAACAACUGAUGGUAUACUAUACGUACGUGCGACCACAGACUCACUCAUACACAUACACAAACAUAUGCACGCACAAACACACACUCACACACAAACACACACA